CAUAGGGGCCGCCAAGUUCACUUCACCUCUCAGUCGAAUCAUGGACUCCACAUCCAGCUCCGCGUCCUCUUCCCCUUCCCCUUCCCCUUCCCCGUCACGCUACGGCAUAGUGGAGAUGGAGCUGGACGCGGCCGUGGCCCUGGCGAACCUGGCCGGCCAGGCGGCUGCCGUCGGGACCAGCACCCCAACUCAGGACAACCCCACUCAAGGUAUCUGCUCUUCUUCUGCCGCCGCUGAACAUUCCUCUGACAUGGCCGGAUCGAGUAGCCUCAGGCCAUCUACCAAAAGAGGAACUAGGCAAAGCAUGACACAGGCAGAGAAGGAAGAGAGGAGAAUGCGCAGGGUAUUGGCCAACAGGGAGUCGGCGAGGCAGACCAUUCGCCGGCGCCAAGCCCUCAGAGAUGAGCUCACCAAGAAGGUGGCUUAUUUACGACUGGAAAACGACAGCAUGAAGCUGAGGUUGAAAAGUUGGUUUCUGCUAAUUUUUCUGACCAUUCUGAUUGAUCAUUGGAAUUGGUUGCAGGAAAAGGAAUUGGCAACGCAAGAGUACCUUUCUCUUAGGGACACAAAUGCAAUGCUAAAAGAGCAGAUUGCAAUCACUGUGAGAGGUGAAAUUGACAUAAACAGCGCGGCCACGGAGAUGGAACCAUCAGAUCAGCAAACUGCAGCUGGAUCCGUGAGGCCACUUUUUGUGCCAGCUUGUGCUUGGUUCCUUCCAUUGCCUCAUGAAGGUUCUACAGGAAUUGGCAGUAGUAGCAGUUUGACACCAUGUCAGUCAGCGGCAGAAAAUGAGAAGGGACCAAGAGGCGAUUUGCAGGUGAAACUGGCAACGACUGAGGACGAACAGUAUCAGGAUGCUGGCUCCCGUCAGAUUCAGACCCCUGAUGAAGUCCUUCAUAAAGUGGCAACAGCAAGUGCAGCUGCAGCAGAAGCAAGGAAGAGGAGGAAGGAGCUCACCAAGCUAAAACACCAUUACGCAAGGUAGAGAGAAACAGUCAAUCACAGAAACCAGUUGAGUUUAUUUAGGUAGCGAGUUUGUAGCAGCUGCAUGUAAAAUUCUAAUGUCAAAGAGAAAGUAUCAUAUAUUUGAGAUGUUUGCGUUUA